GUACUACAUGCAUUGCAGGAGAAUACUUGGCUUCAUUUUGCAUGUCAUAGGACACAGCAAUAUGACGAACCUUUCAAUUUUGCUUGUCUCAUGCGUGAUCGACUACUUUCCACCCUCGAUAUCACCCACAUGGAUCUUUCUCGGCAUCUAUUUGCACUUCUUUCUGCCUGUGAAACCGCAGUCUGUGACUUUGGCACACCUGACAAAAUGAUACAUCUAGCAGCUGGCCUGCAAUUCCACAGGGUCAAUGGUAUCAUCAGGACAUUAUGGAAGGUUGACGAUAGUACUUUGCAGGGCUUAGUUGAGGUAUUCUACAAAAACUUG